GAAACCGGAAAACGCACUGCAAACAUGAUAUUAUAUGGAUAGCUGGACUAACCUAGGCUAAUAUAUUAUUAAAUGUCUAGAUCUAGAUAGAUCUAUAUUAAAUAAUUAAUUUAUUAAGAAAUAACAAAGAUGUCAGACAGUAAAUCCAGAGUCCAUUUUCGAGUGAUGAAAUAUAUUCAUGAAUCAGGAAUGAAACUUCAUCUACACAGUAUUCCAAUUGCCACUGCAUCCACAAUCUAUCACAAAUUCUUCAGAGAAAAUGAUUUGAAUACUUAUGAUCCAUUUCUAAUUGGAGCAACAUCCUUAUCAUUAGCUUGUAAAAUUGAGGAGGAAAACGUCAGAUUGCGGGAUAUCAUCAAUGUCUGUUAUCGAACAUUACACAAAAACAAAGCUCCAUUAGAAAUAGGGGACCAGUUCUGGGCGCUGAGAGAAAGUAUAGCUAGCUGUGAACUCUUCCUUCUCAGAGCGUUACAGUUUACAGUGGUGUUUGAUCAUCCCCACAAGUAUUUGUGCCAUUAUCUCAAGGCCUUAUCCGACUGGUUUGAGCCACAACAGUGGGAACGUUAUCCAAUAGCAAAUACUGCCUGGGCAUUUCUUCAAGACAGUUAUCACAGUGACUUAUGCCUAGAUUUUCAGUCCAAACACAUCGCAAUCUCAGUAUUGUAUCUAGCCUUGCUCUGCCAUGGAUUGGAAGUGCCAUUUCAUAAAUAUGCCAGGAAAAAAUGGUGGCAGGUAUUUAGUAAAGAUGUCACUUUAGAAACCAUACAGACUAUUACCACUAAAAUCAUGGACAUGUAUUCAGCAGAGAAUCAACUCCCAAGAUAGAAUGAAAUGUUGGAACUCCUUUUUAUUUCACCCUAAUUAUUGAUACAAUUUUCCAUUAUAUAUAGUUACACUUACCUGCAAUGCAGUGUUAUACUGUGUACCCUAAAUAUUUACAUUAUCUGAUGGCCUUAUUGUGUGAGCUCAGCAAAUCAUCUGUACAGUUUGUGUUAUAGUUGUCUCAUUUGUAAAAUACACUGGUGAUACUGUCAUUGAUAUGCAGAGAGGACAAAACUCUUCCAAUAAACAAUUGAAAACAUU